GAAAUAACAAAAAAAAAAAAAACAGAAAGAAAAGCACUUUGGAAUCGAAUGUGUUUGGUUGAAUUGAGCAAAGUGCAAAACGCCAUAGCCAAAAUCUAGUUCCAGUGACGAUGGCAACAAUGAUGCAGAGAUUCCUCCCAAAGCUUCGCUGUCUCGCCGUUCAAUCACGUCAAGCUCUACUACCUCUUCCGUUAUCUCGUCGUUUCCUCCACCACUCAUCGCCGCAACCACUUCAUUUCGCUUCUCGUCAUCCCUUUAAUUUCUCUUCCUGGCCUCUCCACCUACCUCGACCUUCUCCAUUUUCUCCCUCUUUGAUUCAAGUGCGGCAUGUAUCGUCGAGGGAAAGGAAGAAGAGAAGAAAGCCAAUGACUCCGGUUGUUUCCAAGAUCAAGAAAACCAAAAUGAAAUUUUAUUCGUCUUACAAGUUAAGGUUCAGACCAAUGAAUGAUGGAAGCAUUAGGCGUUGGAGGGAGGGCAAACGUCACAAUGCUCAUUUGAAGUCAAAGAUAUCAAAGCGAAGAUUGAGAUUACCUUCUACUGUCCCUGCGGCUUACGCCAAAGUAAUGAAGAAGCUCAAUUUUUGUGGUUAGAACAUUGUAAGUUGCUGCCAGUUGCAGAAAGUGGACUGGACAAGUUUUUCUUUUUAACUCCGAUCGUUUGGCCACAUUCACAUUUUAGAACCUGCAGAACGAGCAACUUACAGAACAAUAUCUUUCUUAUAUGUUUGUGUGGUAGAGUUAGAGGUGAUAAUAUUUUGAGGUUUUGCCUAUUCAAAGUGGCAUGCUUUAGUGAAAAUGUAUGCAGUAUUGUUAACAUGCAGUGGCUGAUGAAUCUUUUUUGUAGUACAUUUGAUUUUUCUAUUAGCAGAUUGAUAAAAUAUUGGAAUCAUGGAUUGCUGCACUUCAAUACCAAUAAUGGUUUAAUUUA